AUGAGGCGAGGAUGAAGUAGGCGCGCGCAUGCGCGCGCUUCUGCACCGGUCGUGAGAAACAUGUCUGAACUGGACGGGAGGUUUUGCGCAUACGCACCCGCCUGAAGCGCGGAAAAAGGACACCUUUGCGCAUGUGCUGUAAAGCGGGAGCUGCUGCUCCCCAGCAAGGAAGCGGGGCCUACCCAUGCGCAAUCUCCUGAAGGGAAGGUGGAGGGAUCUGCGCAUGCACCUGAGCGGGAAGGGGGGACUACGCAUGCGGUGUAGAGGAGGAGCAGCGGCGCUUGUGGAAUGGAGACGGAAGUGGCCUCGGCCGCCGUUUUUCAACAUAGAGCAGGCGCUGGGGCUGCACUUAUUGCCGGAGACGUGCUUCGAUGAGCUCUUCUCCGCUUUCACCUGCUGCAGUGAGCCCCGGGCCGGGGUGGGGUGGAGCCCGUGCGGGCUUCCCCCACUCCCGUCAAGGUGCAGCCGCCGCCAUGUUGGUGUGGGACGGAAGUCCCGUGUCGACGUGGGGGCCAAUGAAGGGAAGGGAGGAAGUUGCCACCAGUCUCUCCUAGUCCCGUUGUAAGCGGGGGGACUGCAUUUCCCAGCAGCCCCUGCGUGUGGCUUCCUGGGAGUGGGGAAAGAGCCCAGGCGCCUGGGCUCCCUAGUCCCCGCAGCCCCGCUCGUGCCGGCGCCCCCUGCAGGAUCAGCGCCCGGAGGUCGAGGAGGGGGACCUGCACACUGAACCAGCUCAGCGACCAGAUGGACAUAUUUCAAAAGAAGCUCCUGUUCAUCCCCACAAAGGACCACUGAGCCCUGAUGUCUGUAGCUGUGUGGGGCAGUGCAUCUAUAAGGAUCCGAAAGCCUUCACCAAGCAGGAUAUGCCCCAGAGCUGGAAGCAGAUGUACAAGGAGCUACACCGAGCCCACCCCCUACAUCCAAGAAGCUGGGGUGCGGAGCCUGUGUGCCUGACCAACUCCCCCUCUCCAUCCCUUUCAGCUGCUACAGAGGUUCCAUGUCUCAAGAUCCUGGUCAGCAAAGUCCUGGGCUAUGGUAUCGUCAUGGGGUCUGUGAUGGUGAAGCUGCCCCAAGUGUUCAAGAUCCUGGGGGCCCAGAGCGCCGAGGGGCUGAGCUUCCAGGCUGUCCUGCUGGAGCUGCUGGCGCUGACCGGGACCAUAGCCUACAGCAUUGCGCACCACUUCCCCUUCAGCGCCUGGGGUGAAGCACUCUUCCUUACCCUACAGACGGUGACCAUUGGCUUUCUCAUCCAGUACUUUGGGGGAUGCACGGGGCGUGGUGUGACCUUCCUGGCUGUGUACUCCUCGGCACUGGCACUGCUCCUGUCCCCACUCCCACCCUCAGCUCUCAUCACCUUGCUGCAGGCCUUCAACCUCCCUGCCAUUAUCGUCAGCCGGCUGAUCCAGGCGACCACCAACUACCGCAACGGGCACACGGGGCAGCUCUCAGCUGUCACCAUCCUACUGCUGUUCGCCGGCAGCCUUGCCCGCAUCUUCACCUCUGUGCAGGAGACUGGGGACUUGUUGGUGGCACUGACCUACAUGGUGUCGUCCAUCUGCAAUGGGGUCAUCGCUGCACAGCUCAUCUACUACUGGCAUGUCCCAGCCCAGGGCAAGAAGCAGCGGUAGGACCCCCCUGCCAUGGGGGGGGCAAAAGGGGUGGGGCAGGGAUAAGCCAAGCCCCCAUCAUGGUGGGGAAGAGGGGGAGGUGUAUGAGCAGAGAAACCCCCAGUUCUGGGGGAAGGGGCUGCUUCUGUGUCUUGAAUUGCCCCCCCUUUCUCUGUAACUGCUCCCCUAUGACUGUAACUGCCCCCCCCCGGCUAGAAUUGCCCCAACUGGGGUGGAUUAAACGCUGAGAACACUCA